UGUCUUUUGUUUGUUUUGUCUAAAAAGAAAGGUUGUGAUUAUUAAACGUAAUAAGCUAUUGCUGCUGCUGCAUAAAACAGCGUCAAUGGCGUCGUCCCUACAGAAGGCGAUCGACAUCGUAACAAAAGCGACGGCAGAAGAUACGAAUAGAAACUACCAAGAAGCUCUCCAACUAUACGAGCACGGCGUCGAGUACUUCCUCCACGUAAUCAAAUAUGAAUCCCUCAGCGACAAGGUAAAGGAUUCGAUUCGUACCAAGUGCUGCCAGUAUCUCGAUCGCGCGGAACAAUUAAAAGCCCACCUGAGCAAGGACACAACCUCUUCCAAGGUACCGAAUGGCGAAGGCGACCGGAUCAACUCGAAGUCAGACUCAUCGGACAACCAGGAGCAGAAGCAACUGCGGCACCAACUGGAGAGCACGACCGUGAUCGAGAAACCGAACAUCAAAUGGUCCGAUGUGGCUGGUCUCGAAGGAGCCAAGGCGGCCCUUAAAGAGGCCGUGAUACUACCGAUUAAAUUCCCGCACCUUUUCACGGGUAAGCGAUUGCCCUGGAAGGGCAUACUACUAUUUGGUCCUCCAGGAACGGGAAAAUCCUAUCUGGCCAAAGCGGUAGCGACCGAAGCGAACAGCUCGACAUUUUUCUCCGUCUCUAGCUCCGAUUUGCUUUCGAAAUGGGUCGGUGAGUCGGAAAAGUUGGUAAAGAGUCUGUUCGAGCUAGCCAGAACUCACAAACCGAGUAUCAUCUUCAUCGACGAAGUGGAUUCACUGUGUUCCGCUCGCUCCGACAACGAGAGUGAAAGUGCGCGACGUAUCAAAACGGAGCUGUUGGUACAGAUGCAGGGUGUUGGCAAUGACAACGAGGGCAUUCUGGUGCUCGGUGCCACCAACACACCGUGGACGCUGGAUUCGGCCAUUCGAAGACGGUUCGAGAAGCGUAUCUACAUCCCGCUGCCGGAGGUGAAUGCACGUCACGUAAUGUUCAAGAUCCAUCUCGGUAGCACGGCUCACACGCUGACGGAGGAAGAUCUACGCUUGCUGGCGAGUAAAACCGAAGGUUUCUCCGGGUCGGACAUUGCGAUCGUGGUGCGAGACGCACUGAUGCAGCCGGUACGGAAGGUACAGACCGCUACACACUUCAGAACGAUCAGCGGACCAUCGCCGGUCGAUAAGAUGACGAUCUGUGACGAUUUGCUGGUGCCCUGUAGUCCGGGGGCGCCCGGAGCGAUCGAGAUGACGUGGAGUGAUGUGCCGAGUGAUAAGCUGUACGAGCCACCGGUUACGAUGUGUGAUAUGGUGAAGUCUUUGGCCAGCACGAAACCUACGGUUAAUGAGGAGGAUAUGGGGAAGCUGGAACAAUUCAUGCAGGACUUUGGCCAGGAGGGGUAG